AAAUAUUUAUAAUGGUUACAUGUUAUUUAAUUUAAUUUGUUUUACAAAUACCUUAAUCAAUGGAUUUGGAAGAGAUCAACAAAACUCUACAUAAUGUACUUAAAGACAAUGAAGAGCUAAAGCAAACGGUGGGCCAAAAUGGACAGCAUUUGGCUGAACUCCGGGCAGUGAAUGCCGAACAGCACCGCCGUAUUGAACACUUGGAGGCGCUCAUUGAAAUCCAUUUAAUACAAUAUAAUGAUGAUUAUGAUAACAUUGAAGUCAUAGAUCUCACCACCCAGUAUAUGAGCGGCCAGACUCUGGUCAACAUCAAGGUCGAACAGAUCAAAUACAAUAAAAUACCCUCGGUCACCGUAUGCUACCCACGACUACUAUCUAUGAAACGGUUGGCUAAAACAUAUGCUCACACGUAUGGUCAACAGUACAAAAGUUAUCUAAACAAAAUGAGGAUUAUCGCUCGAGGGUUCAUCAAAGAGAAUCAUCGGCUGCGUGAUUUGUUUGACCUGAGCAUACCUUAUCAUUAUGGUGAAAAGAAAUCAAGCGUAUUCAAUAAAGAGAAAGUGACAGAGUUUGCUAUUGAUAUACGCGUGAAAGGGAUCAGGCUGUUUCAUAAAAAUAUGACACUUAAUGUGAUCGAAAUAACAGACACGGACCCCAUUGAGUCGAUUGUGUUGCCCGACGGCCGGCAAGGGUUCAAGUGUUUCACAUUUUUUAGUCAAAUGAAACCUAAAUGGAGGGAAUACCAGAUCGAGUUACGCGUGAUGCACAUAAACAUCUAUCAGCACGAGUCCUGGUUUCCACCUAGCUUGUACGAUGGGUCGGCGCAUAUAUACCUGUCCAUACACUCGCCAAACAUAAUACCACAACAAAUGAAUUCAAACAAUUUUAUGCGCUUAAAACCGGGCAAAUGGUACGAAAUGACGUACAACCGGUGGAAAACCAUACUAUUGCCGCCCGGGUAUGACACCAAAUGUCAUGAGUACGACAUCACUAGCACACAACCCGGCGACUAUCAGCUCCGGGCCGACUGCGUUAAUCAGUGCCUCUACAACCGUCUGGUCAACACUUGCGACAACGAUAAACAAUCACCUCUUCAAACCCUACACCAACACAACGCCACGAGACUAUGCCUGUACCGGUCGGAUAGUCUGUGGCGUAGGGACCUCGUGGCACCGGGUGCUCCCUUGGCCAAUGAUCGUAUUUGCGGCGAGUUUGACCCUGGUAUAGUUAAGGCCGCCCUUACCAAUAAUAUCUACGAGCGCUUGGUAGACCGGAUGGUGUGCUACCGGAGGCACUCGUCCCGUUUGAACAAUGAGUGCGAACUCAAGUGCCCUCAAGAGUGCACUAAUAGGUACUAUAACUAUAACGUUAAGGCCAGCGAUACGAUUGAAAGUGACUCGCCCUGGACUAAGCAAACCCACAUUCGUUUGGCACACAAUCAGAUGCCACAUCAAAUUACCGAGCACAUACCCGAGAUCAGUUUUGUCCAGUUUAUUGGCACGUUUGGUGGGUUACUGGGCAUGUGGGUUGGCUUGUCAGCGCUUGCCGUGUUGGAUUUUGCCUUUGAUUAUAUAAAGUUAUAA